GCUGUUCAAGACUGGUGGUGCUGGAUAGCUUAGUGAGAGGAAAUCGAGAGACCGUCACAGAGGCUUGUCUUUUACCGCACGGAAUAAGGAUGUGCCGGUAGGUUUUGUAAAACAGAAAGAAACUUAACAGGACAAACUCAAAACUUCCAAAACUCCAGCAAGCUUUCAAACAAGAGGCAGAUCAUCAGGGUCACAGACGUCAGUCCACAGCACUCUCUAGGUUCCUCACUACACUUUACGUACCACGUCAAUGCAAAGUGCUCCUUAUCCUGAUCCCAAAGCUGUGUGUCGGCAUUUGCCACGGUGACAGCAUCGCCAAGAUUGUAGAUCAUAUCUGCAGAACUGGGGGAGGGGCUGUUGAUUUAUUUCAUUUUUUGUGUGAGCAUUGUGUGUUCUUUUCAGCUAUUGGUUGACAGCUGGAGGAAUUAUGUAGUGAACCCUCUGUGGGGGGGGUGGACAGUUUCUUUGGGUCACGAUGGUUCUACACACGUCACCCUUUUCCAGUGCCUUCCUCAGGUUCCUGCACUCUCUGUCCUGGGGUCUAAUUUUCCCAUGCUUUUGGUUAUUUGACCGAUUGCUGGCAUCUUUCCUGGCCACCACAUAUGAAAAACGUCAGCACUCGGAGGACCCCUGCUAUUCUCGCGCACUCUGCAUUCUCAUCUCUACGCCGUUCUACUUGGCGUUGGUGGUAGCAACACUUCCGUUUGCAUUCCUGGGGUUCCUACUCUGGGCUCCCCUUCAGGCGGUCAGGAGGCCUUAUGUCUACUCCCAGCGGGGCCGGGUAGACAAGAACCGUGCAGAGCAAGGCAACGCCGGAACACCCGUCAAUGACUGGAGGGCUUCAGGAAAGAGCUUUUGCUUCUGCUCAGCCAAUGUGUGCCUGCUACCAGACUCCCUAGCCCGCUUCAAUAACCUUUCAGACACACAAGGCCGGGCCAAGGAGGUGGGAAAGCGGAUCAGCAAUGGAGCUAGUCGCCCACAGAUUAAAAUCUACAUCGACUCACCCACCAACACCUCUAUCAGCGCUGUCAGCUUUACUAGCUUGGUCUCACCCCAGGGAGGUGGGGAGGUACCAAAUAAGGUGGCUUCGGUUGCAGGUGGCGUCAGGAGCAUGUCUUUAACGGAGUACAAACAUGAGAGCAAUGGGGAGGCAGAAAAAGAGCCAGAGGAGAGCAGCAGCAGUAAUUUGCAGGAACUGGAGCAAGAGAACACCCCUUUAAAUGAGCCUGACUCAGCUUCAGGGGUUCAGAUUAGCAUCAGCGCCCCGGUACCCUCGAAUGAUCAGGAACCAGAGGAUGGCCAGACACCCAAUGACAAGCCGAAGGAAGGGGAUUCAGGCAGCCUUGACAGCAGAACUGCCUCCAGAGAUUCCCUGGUAAAGUUCCACAUUAGCGACAGCAAUGCAGUCAACAACAAGUUGGUGUACCGGGCCUCCAUGAUUAAGAAGGCUUCAGUCAGGAAGAGACGACAUGCAGACGACUGUUUUGAUCAUGAGAUAUCUGCCUUUUUUCCUGCCAACCUGGACUUCCUGUGCCUGCAGGAAGUCUUUGACAAGCGUGCGGCUGAGAAGCUAAAGAACCAGCUGCACCACUACUUCCAGCACGUGAUCUACGACGUGGGCUGCUACGCCUGGAAGGGUUGUGGCCCUUUCAAAUUCCUCAACAGCGGACUCCUUCUGGCAAGCCGCUACCCUAUCCUGGAUGCUUCAUACCGCUGCUUCCCCAAUGGGCGGGGGGAGGAUGCACUGGCGGCCAAGGGGGCUCUUUUUGUCAAGGUGCAUGUGGGAUCUACACCUCAGGAUCAAAGAAUUGUGGGAUAUAUUUCCGGUACUCACCUGCAUGCUUCGGCAGCGGACUGUGUGGUUCGGUGUGAACAGCUUGAUCUGCUUGUCGUCUGGCAGUCCGAAUUCAUAAAAUCUACCUCCCGUCCUGCUGGGGCAGACAGUCCUGAGGACAUGGUAGCAUUCAACGUGAUUUGUGGGGACCUGAAUUUCGACAACUGCUCAUCAGAGGACAAGCUGGAGCAGCAGCACUCCCUGUUCACCCGCUACAAGGACCCCUGCCGAGUGGGACCUGGAGAGGAUAAACCAUGGGUCGUGGGAACACUCCUGGAUUCAUCUGGGCUCUAUAAUGAAGAAGUCAGUUCUCCAGAGAAUCUACAAAAAAUCAUGGAGAAUGAAGAGGGGAGAAAGGAAUAUCUGGUAUAUCCUACCAACAAGAACCACGGCUCCAAUCGAAAAGGUCGGAAGAUACCGCUCAAGGGCAGUGGGAGGAGAAUUGACUACAUACUGUACACUGAGGAAGGACUUCAGCCUGAAUGGAAAGUGGAUAUUGAAGAGUUUAGCUUCAUCACCCAAUUGGCAGGGCUGACUGAUCACCUGCCUGUAUCAAUGCGCCUGGCAGUCUCAACCGGAGAGGAGGAACCCUAGAAACAAACAGAGACUGAGAAAACAUGAGAGAGAAAAAUAGGGGAGAGGGGCAGACUGUUCAGGAGAACACUGCUCAGCAGGAGACUUGAAGCAAAGAGAAGAGAGGACGGUAGAACUUUCUUACAGUGCCUGGCAGGCAAGCUCACCCCAACCUUGCACCUCUUUUAAGGCCACAUUUUGUUUGGCUGACCUGUUGUGAUGAUACAUGGACGGAAGAGGCUAUCCAGACUGUUUCUUAUUGCCAGGCCCUGGCUUCUUUUUUGGGCAUACUCAAGGAGGACUCUUUGAGACCGUGAAGACGUUAGAAGGAGAACACCUUAUCCAUUUUGUUGGACCAGUGCCAUUAUUAGAAUUAUUAUUAACAUAGAAAGUUAUUUUCUACCAGUAGAUAGCACAAUUUAGUUUGCAACACAUCUGCGGCUAAAUGUUUUCUGAUUUCUUUUUCAUACAUUCUUUUGAAGUCUCAAAAAUGUUUUCUUUAUUUUUUUUUUUAAACAAAAAUCUUUAAAUGUUAAUGCUAGCAUGCUGUUGGAAUGAGAUGAAGUUGCAUGCAACACAAAAAUAGGUAGUACUCCCUAACAACAGGAAUGUUUUCAUUGGUUCAGCAGUGGCAAAAUCCUCCUUUCUGAUUGGAAAGCCAUUGUUUUGUAACAGCUGGGGAGCAUCUAUUCCCUCCCACAAUCUUCAGGGGAACUUCUUUGCCAAAUUUUUGGAAUUUACAUAGCUUUGCCUAAUUCUGAGUCCCAAAACAUCUCAAAUUUCAUUCUGUGGGCUUUAUGUUAUUUUGUAAGCUCUAUCCCAAUGGCACAAUCUUUGGCAUGUGUCCCUCGUGACUAAGGGAUGAGAUGUGUAGUGUGUGUGCCUCUGUUAGUGCUUCAUUUCCAUAUCCUUGUCUCCAAGGUGCUGGUAAGAUUGGUGCAGUGGUGUGAUGUGCUGUCAUGGUGCUACUGUGCGAGUUGUAGUGCAUUUUCAAAAAUAAAAUGAUUAACGCAUAGUGCAAAGAAAGUAAACCCAAGGGAUUCAAUUAGGAAGAGCAGGGAAAAAAGUAUUUUGUGAUUGCACAUUGCAUUGUUUGUUAUGCUAUGCAAAUUCCCAGGUGAACAAACACUAUAGAAUUGCCAAAAAAUCUAACAAUAUCUUUGUAGAAGGAGAUUCAAUAUGUUUUUAUUAAAUAUUCUAUAUGUUUUUAGGCAUCCCAAUAAGGGAACUGCCAGUUUUUUUGUAAAUCUGCCUAAGAUGCCACGUCUAUCACAGCUCAUGGGCCCUUUCACAAAACUGUUAAGACUGCUUUGUUUUUCUCAAGCCAAUUUUGAUUAAUUAAAACAAGUUUGUAGUUCAGAAGAUCUUUUUCAACGGUUUUAGAGAGAGACGUUUAUUCUUACUUUUAUUUUCAAAGCACUUUUAACCUAAGAGAACCGUCCUCAAAGUUUUGAAUAGGGCCCAUAUCUCAUAAACUGUUAAGAUAUGGCUUCGUAUUUUCAGUGUUUUGGAAACUCCUCAGGCAAAAUGUAAGAUACCGUUUUACCUGUGACCUGAUAUAGCUGCCAGAAUUUGAUCAUGUGAUGUUUUGGUUUCCAGAUGACAAUAACCAAGUGAUUUGUGAUAUCUGCUUGUUCAGUAAACACCUGUAUUACAUGUUUCUCAAGGUCAGGUUUGAUCAUGGGUAUCGUCCUAUAGAAAGUAUGUCUAUUUUGUAGAUGCAGCAGCUGUCUCAUAUCUUUAUAAAUACCAUAGUUUCAAGGUAAAUGUGUCAGUGACUUGACCUUGUCUUCUGACCAGUUAUUUUUUGCUGCCUCAUUGAGGUCAGCUGACUUUUUUGGUUUCAGCCUCACAGAGGCAGCACACUUUGAUAUAGUUUCUUAAUAUUUGGUACCCAUUUGUAUUCAGUAACGUGCAGUGACUUUUUAUCAAGGCAUGCAACAACUUUUAAUUGACAGAUAAAAACAUUUUCUUAUAAUGUAGGCAACUAAUAGCAAUUCAAUAAACCAAAUACCACAGAUCCAUUCAAAAUUGUACACCGCUUCACUGAAAUAUUGUUUCAACUAUUUUCCUGCUUUUCUGUAAGUACUUACUACUUGCAAUUUUGGCUUUGGCCGUUCAGUUUUUUUUUUUUUUUUUGUUGCAAAAUCUCUUGCACUAAGGAGGAUUCAAUUCUACAGUUGCAUGCCUUGUCUAUGUUUUCCAGCGCACGGCCACAAGAAAGUGAGGUGCACGCUGCGUCGCGUUGCCGAGGCAACCCGAUGCAAUUUGGAGCGUUACAUGUCUUGACCAACAAAACAAGACAGCUGAGGUGAACAGAUUACUAGCAUACAGGGCUAUCAUAUACUUAAAAAUGUUGCAGAAUAAACAUCUUUUUCUAUCAUAUUCGUAAAUAUGUUGUGGAAUAAAAUAUAUUCCAAGGCAUGCAAUGCAUACGUUGCACACAUAGACGGCACGCCACUGUUUGUAUUCUAUUGUUGUCUGAGUAAAGUUCCAUUAUGGUUAAACAUUAAUCAUGUAACUGCUGCUGGUCAUAUCGAUGGUAGAGACCACUCCACAUUUGGCACAAAGCUGUUUACAAGCCAAAACUGCUUUAUGCGCCCCCUGAGCUUAUUGCUUGUCCAAUUACACACAUUUCUAUUUGUAUGUGGUGCUUUAGUUACUUGGUAUUGACUUUCAAAUUCAUAAAUUAUAAAAUCUCUGUAGCACAGGUUAUUACAGGUUCUGUCACAAUUUGCAGUGUUUAUAUUUUAUUAUUAUGGAAACUGAUACAUCACAUCAGCAAGAAGCAUGGUUAUGAAAAUGAUGCACUGGAGGAUGGAUUGUAUUAUGUGUUUACCACUCAUUUCUGUGGGCAGGAUUGAGACCCAUCCUGAAGGAAAUCAAUCAGUGAAAUGUCCCAUCUAUGGCCUGCAUGCUCUUUGUAUGAUACACUAAAAGGCUUUUAAUCUUUCCUAAAAUACUGUAGAACAUUCUUUCUUUUUUUUUUAAUGAUCUUGAGUAGUCAGGAACAGCUUUGUUAUGAAUGGUAGAGUGAUGUUUUAUAGCCUAUCGUUAUACAAAGUAUAUUUCUUCUGCUUUUUAAAACUAUUUCAUCUUC